UGGGCCGUGGUGGACUGGACGUGAUUGAUUUGACAGUUGUGCCAGGUUUGUUCUCGGAUUUUAGAGUUUCCAAUUCUUUGUAAUUAUGGCUUUUGGAGAUUAUCCGAAAGAAUACAACCCAGCUGUCCAUGGGCCUUAUGACCCGGCCCGUUAUUAUGGAAAGGCUGAUACUCCUUUCGGACAGCUGAAGAUAAAUGAAAUAGGAGCAUGGUUGGGCCGUAGAAAUAAGACUCCUUCUGCUAUCUCAGGAGCCUUCAGCCGAGCUUGGUGGAGGUGGCAGCAUAAGUACGUGCAGCCCAAGAGGGUGGGCAUGGCUCCCUUCUUUCAGCUGCUGGUUGGGUCUAUGACCUUUUUCUAUGCCAUCAACUAUGGCAAAAUGAAGCACCACAGGAACUACAAAUACCACUAAAGGAUGUGGUAGAUUCGAUUAUAAUCAUGUAUUUAUGAAAUUUACUCGUGAGGUUUUGUUGGUCUAGUUUCAUCUGUAAUACUGCAAUACAAUAAAUAGUUUGAAAAAUUA